AGCGGUCACUUUUCUGUAUUUUCUUUCUAAGGGCAGUAGUUUCGAUCGUAUAUCCCUCUGUAAGUACUUCAUAGUGGGUGCUAUAUCGGCGGAAGGUUGGGGAUUCCGGCGCUGCCGUUGGCAUGUUUUUGAAUUCAUAAGAUUUUUCCUCUUCUUUGCAAUUGGUAGCGAGGGGCUUCAAGGGGGUGGAAAGUGACGGACGAGCCUUGAGAAUUUCAAUAUCAAGGGUGAAGAGAAGAAACACCUUAUGCCCCUUCUCUUCGGAAGAUAUAGAUGUCGCACUUUGAUAAGAAAGCAGAGGAUGACCUCUAGUCCCGAAAUUUCCGCUACCAUGGGCAAUAUUUGUCGAAAAGCAGUCGCGUGUCUUCAAUUUGCAGGUGCCUUGCGCGCUACCUCUAGAGAUAAUUUCCGUCUCCUCUAAUCAGAUUUUGUCUCUGAAGAGGGCAGAAAGAAGACCAGCUACGCUGACGAGAGAUCCUAACUCGUCACGAUUGCUCUUUCCAAAAAUGUCCGCCACUGUCGUUCCUCGCUGAUGGCCAUGCCUUCCAAUCCCCCUUUUUUUUUUUAUCCAACAAAAAGCUUUGUUUUGGGCUAGUCAGCUUGGACGCCAGGGCACAAGGAGACAGGUAUAGUGACACAGCCGCCAAGACAUAGCAGAGGCGAAUGGAGUCGAAGACAGCGCCAGCCUCUUGGGUGCCCGCUUUCUUUGCGUAGCAAGAUCGUGCGCACCCUGGCUGUGUCUUCCCAAGCGUGACGGGGUGGAGCGAUUACGUACCUACGAGGAUGAGGAGCCUCGGCUUGCUAAAACAUCAUUGCGGACGGCCCCGCAUUGAUGUUGGACAAGUCCCGAAGACGCAUGUUGAUCACGUUGAACCGCGGCGGAGGAGGAGAUGAGCAGAGACCUAUCUUAAUCCUCCUUGAACACUAGGAUCUGCACUACUUCUCUUUGCUUAUGGUUUAUAGUUGAUCUCAUACAAAAAAAAUGUGCAAAAUGCUUCGCGGGAAGACCGCGGGGCCAACGACGCGCUCACCUGGUCAAGGUGAUGGCGCGACCGGAACUUCUCCCGUCGCCCCGCAACGACAGCGAGUUGAUGACACGGUGGCUCGACCAGCUUCGGCGAAGUGGCUGGUCGUGGUCUUAUUUUGAAAAUAAUGAAACUUGAAGGGGACGACGAGAGUGUUCUGGUCGGCAUUUUGCGAGGACGUCGGGUAAAGAAACUCCAUCUGGUGCACUAGCACCAGUUGUAGCAUCAUCAUUAUCAUCCGUCGACAAUGCAACAUCUUCACCCGCCCUCACCGUAAGACCGAC